GAAGGCCGGGGGCAGCCCCGUCGGGCGGGAGCGGGAAGCGCCGGAGCCGCCCCGUCGGGGCCGCCGCGAUUGCGGCGCCGCGGGCAGCACGGCUCGGCCCGGCGGGGACAGGGGCUGCCGGGGCCUGCGGGUGAACCGGGGGGGCGCGGACGGGGGAAGCCCCUCCCGGACACCGCGGCCCCGGGGAGCCGCCAGCCGCCGCGCCGGGGCCGCCCCGGCUGAUUUCCCGGUGCGGCCGGGGGGCAGCGGGGGACACUGGGGUGCACACCGAGGAGACACCAAAGGGAAACCGUGGGGGACACAGCGCGGAGACGCCCCCGGGCUCCGGGGGAUCCCGUCCUGCUCUGUCCGGGCUCCCGGUGUGCACGACGGGGCGGGCGGGGCGGCCCAGGUGCGCCGGGCGGGGGGUCCUGGUCCCGCCCGUGCCGCUGCCGCCGCCGUGCCCCCGGGCGCAGAGCCGCCAGGAACUGCCCCGGGUUUUCCUGCCCGUCCCGUCCCGUCCCGGCGCGGCGCGGGGCCGGGCGCGGCGGGGCGCAGCCCGGGGACCCCGGCCCGGUAUCGGUUCUGCUUUCGAGGGAGGCGGCGAUUUCGCAGUAACGGGGGGCGGGUGCCACCUGCCCCGGGGAUUCCCCACCUGCUGCCGCCCCAUAAGAGCCCGGUGGCGGCGCCGGUGGCGGCACCGACCGGCUAUGGCCCCUCUCCGCCACCUCUGCCUCUGCCUCCCGCUGCUGCUGCUGCUGCCGCCGCCCGCGGCCCCGGCCCCGACCCCGGCCCCCCGCACCGACUGGGCCGCCUGCAGGAGCCUCUCCCUGGAGCUGUCGCAGCGGCUGAUGUCCCUCAAGGAGCCGCACCGGGUCCUGGAGGACACGCACCUGAGUGAGGAGGACCCUGAGAACUGGCCUCCCCGGAUCCGCUGCAGUGACGCCUGUGACCCCUCCACACUGGACACCAACAAUACGCACUGCCUGCAGCGCAUCCUCCAGGGGCUGAAGCACUACCGGGACCUGCUGGGCUCUGACAUCUUCACCACCCGCCCCCUGCACCAGCUGCAGGCCACGCUGAACCAGCUGCUGGACCAGCUGCUGGCUCCCCACCAGCAGGAGCGCAAUGAGCCCCACCGCCACCACAUGGAGCCCAGCGAGGCCUGGGCCCGCCCGUUGCUGCAGCGCCUGGCACUCCAGCGGCUCCAGUCCUUCACCGCCAUCAUGGGCCGUGUCUUCACCCACAGCGCCAGCCCGCACUGAGGCCGCCCCGCUGCGGCCCCACCAACUAUUUAUUCCCCUGUGCUCCAAGGGGCUAUUUAUGUGUGAUGCUCUCUAUUUAUCUCAGGUAUUUAUAAGUUUCUAAU